AGUACGGAAGGUUUUAAUAUAAGCAAAAAUAAGUUGAUUUUAAACGUAAAUUUUGAGGGGUUGUAUAAACGUAAAUUUUGUAAUAUUUUAUCAUGGGUGAUUAUAAAACUCGAUCGCCGCGCAAACGACGAACACGUGGCCGCCAUUCUAAAAAGCAUGCUGCGAAAGUAAAAAAUCAACCGAUCCCGCUUGAACCGAAUAUUGCUCCGAUCGUUGAGCAAGAACCAGAUCCACCAAGGAAGAUUAAACCCAAGUUGAAUCCCGAAUAUUUGCAGGAAGAAAAGGACAUCAAACAAUCAAUCGAACGGUUCAAAGAUAAGGAAGAUUCCGAAGCAGGAAAAUUAGAGGAUUAUGAACGGGAAGUUUUGUUUUUCAUUGACGCGGUGCCUGAAAUCUAUUACGAUGCCUUGGAGGAGCCUGACGGCUUUUCGGACCGAGCCGAGCAAGACGCGGUUCCGCUUCAGAAGUCACCCUCCAUUCGAUCGAACUCGGAUGCCCACGAUGAUUCACCAACUCACAUGGCCUCGUCCUACAUUCACCCGGAAGAAGACAACGUGAUUGAACGUUUCAUUCCGCAGAAAAUGCACUUUUCCGACAACACAGUUUUGUUCAUUCCUUCGAAAACUCUGUCCGAUGCCCGAGGAUUUCUGGAAGAGGUAACGAUAAAUUCGGACCAAGGCAGUGAAUUUCCCGAAGAAAACCGACGCGUUAAACCAUCCCUCGAUGCGGCUAACAAAUGUCGAAUGGUGAAUCGAUUGAUCGAAGCCGAGCAGGAAGAAUGGUUCGAUGCCAGUGGAGAUUUGUCGAAUUUGCAAAACUUUAUAACCGAUAAAAGGGUGAAGGGUAUUUGCGGCAAAAAGUUUUUUCCAUAUUUUGUCGAACCCAUUCCGAUGUCCCACGUGGCGGAGCAACUUCCAGUGGAGAGAACGCUGAAAAUAUUGAUAGGGAAGCUUCGAUUCGAAAACCACCCUUCGUUUGAUGGAAUUGUUCGGCUUCGGAUAAAACUGGAACAAACCUAUCGGCAGUACUACACCAAUCGAAAGAUGAAACUGGUGGAUAUUAUCCAGCGGAAGUUGGAAGAUUUUAGGCUAAACAACGGUGAAGAAAUGUCCUUUGCUCUGAAAAUGCAACGUAGGGAGCUUCGUCGAUCGCUUUAUAAGGAGGCGAAAAACGAGCGUCAGCUGGAGAAGCAAAUCGUUGAGAUAUGGAAGGAAUUGAAGGACAAAAAUUCUCACCAAGGGCUGAAGCUAACGAUCCAUUCAGAGAUCGAAGACCCCGCAGAGCAGAGCGAUGAUCAACAGCAGCGAGCCGAUGAUUGGAACGAUCGCUAUUUGGCCGAGCUGGAAGAAAUGCUUGACGAGGAACAGGAGCUGUACGUGAAGGAGAAACAAGACUACAAGCAAUACCUGCGCGAUCUGGAGCACAAAAUCGACGAAGGUGAAGUAGUGGCAGUGAAAAAACCUAAAAAACCUGAGCUGGGACGAUUGAAACAGGAAUUUAAGAAGAGCUUCUACGAGGCUUUUAGGGCACCGGAUGAACCUAUUGUUCAGUUGGUUUUGCAAAAGGAUAUAGAGAGUAAUUUUGAGGCUAAUUUGAAGAAGGAAUUGCGUUACAAAAUUAAAUUUUAUAUCGACAACAACCAUGUAGCGUCAACAACAACGCGUCAAUUUCAAAGCGAUUUGCUGGUAGAUUUCAAUACAUCGUUUUCGGUUAAAUUGACAACCAGAAUUCCGGAAGCAAUGAAAAUUGAGCUAUAUGAGAAAAGUAGACUGAAAAGCAAACUAAAGCUGACGGAGAUUUUUAUACCAUUACCGAGUUCUACCGAGUUGUUCGAAGAUGUGGGCUAUGAGCAGUAUGAAUUUACUUCCGGGAAGGUAUUCAAGUCCAAUGAGUACCACAGUGGAAAGGUGGAUAUUAAGAUCGGGUGGUUGGAGCAAGUUGGGUCUGGUUUUCCUAGCCCAACGAGGAGGCGACAGGUUCCUAAAAGGGUUACCCUGUCCAAGGAUAUUCAAAGGUGGCUCGACGAACAAGCACUUGAAGGUGAUGAAUCGAAUGCAGAGGUAUUGAUGAAGGCGCUAGAAAAUCAGCGCAGUGUCGAGCGUGAUUCCGACGAAGAAAAAGACGACUUUCAAGAAAAGGAUGAACGAUUUAUUUUCAAUGAGGAUCUGCUAGCGUUUUGUUCAGAGGAGGAAAUUAAUGGAAACGAAAGAUUAAACAUGCUCAUUGAAAGAUUCAACAAGAAUUUGAAGUAUAAAAAUAUCAAGUUCAUACCCCAGAUAGAGCGAGAGGUUGAGAUACCGGAAGAAGCAAAGAUAAUCGAUGAAACAUUGGGUAUAGAUCCAAUAGAUUUGCAGAGACAUCGUGGCAAAAAGUAUCUGAAGAAGGUUUACGACACGAUUACCAAUCAUUGUAGCGUGAUCAAUCAGGACAAAAUAGAUGAAAAUUUACUGAUUGGUGAUCAGGUUCCAUCAUUUGGAUCCCUAAGCUUGGCAUUCUUUGAGAUUUUCGGACCCCGGAGGCCUCUGAAGCCCUCGAGACGUUCGCCUAUGAGCAGAACUUCGGUCCGGGUAUCGGAUGUAAACUCGUUCAAGAUCAUUGUGACGAUAGUUCGAGCGUUUGGCAUCCCCAUGAGAUCUGACGACCAUCAGCUAACGUCAGCCGGUCGCAGGAAUAGUAAUUUAUCGUCUACCAGAUUCUCUUUUCGAUCUUCUAACGUUCGUCCCUACAUAACCAUAUCGAUUAAGGACAAAGUACUACGAACUUCGACGGCCGAUGGCACAAACCCCACCUGGAAUGAGCAGCUUUCGAUCCCACUCGAUGCGGAGAGCGAUCAACUGCGAAAGUUUCUCAAUAUUGAUUUGUACGACGAGUUUAUGGAAGACUUGCUGGAGGAUGAUCGAGUGAGGGCUACAGAGGUCUACCAAAGAAUAUCGAGCAAGUGGUUGGGACAACUUCGUAUCCCAAUUAGCACCAUUUAUCUCAACCAACGUAUUGAAGGUACAUUCGAGAUCAAAACUCCUCCGAUGCUGUUCGGAUACAGUCGCAGCAACGGGACCGGAGAACUUCCAGAGUACACCUCAAUGAUGAUCGGUUCUAGCCUGCCGGACAUGCGAGAACUAACACAUAUCUCGUUGUUCAUCAGCCUGGAACCGAAUUUCAAGAUUCCCCGCUUCGAUACGGCCGGACUGGAGUGUGUCGAAUUGGAACAGACUCGAACCCGAAUCUAUAUGUGGUUCGAAGAGUAUCGCAACGAGUUUCCCGCUAGGGCUAUUUUACCACUGGUCACAUUGCUCAGCGGAAAAAGAGUCUGCGUUACUCGGUUGCUGGGUCCCAUCAAUGUUCCGUUCGUGAUUGACGAGAACAUUGAACGGAUGAUACGUCGGUACGUUUCUUUGAUUCCAGUUCACUACAAUACCGAUGCCUGUUCCCAGUUGCAUGGAGUGUGGUUAACCAACAAGGAAAUCGUCAGUAUGAUGUGUGCAUCUCCCAAGGAUUUAGGGGUGUUACUAGCCGGUUUCUACCUCCUACUAGAAUUUGACGUUUACCUGAUUCUUGGACACAGUCUGCUCACAGGUGACAGUACAUUUGUGCUUCUACGGGAAGGAAUGGAAUACUUCAUUGUUGAUCCUACGAGCGGCAGGAAAUACAGCAGCACCGAUACCUACUGCCCGCUGAAUCGAAUCUACUACAUCGUUAGCCAGGACAAUGUCUGGGGAAAUAUCCAGAAAGAGCAACGUGUCUUCCUAACCCAACUGGAUGUGCAUAAAUCCGCCUUUUGGAGACCACUGUUUAGUAGUCGCAUCCCAGCGCCCACUGGUUGUGUUCACGAGGCGAACUUUAUCUACAGGAAUCCCUUGAGCGUGCGGGACCUGCAGAAAACGAUCGAGCGGAAGAUCAUCAAAAAGAUUGGCAUCUGGAGAACACAUCGGAAGACGGUUUGGAACAGAUACAUUAGCGAUCAGCUUCGCUACGCACUCGGCACCCUGGAAGUAGACACGUGUUUGGAGUACAACACGGACCGGCACCAGGAGGUAUUCAAUCAGCUAUUUGCAUCGUAUCGCAUCAAUGGGUUCCCCAUCAACAUUCCCUAUACCAAUCUAUCGACCGUUAUCGCUCAAGUCCGGGGCACCGGUAUCCACCUGAAUUCGGAACCGAAGGUCGAAUUCGCCCUCGGUGUUUUCCUCAAAGACUACCCUAGCAACGUUUACUCGUUGUGGAUUUUUCUGGUGGCGCUGGUUCCCAAAAUUUGAUCUUUACUAACAGGACUGUGAUAACAACUUACGUUCUCCACAAGCAACGAUCGACACUUUCUGGUUCACUUUGCCUGCCUUGGAGCCACAUCGUUCCAUUUUCCGUACCACAUCAGCGCCACUGAUGACAUUACCGAAUACAACGUGUUUCCCGUCUAGCCAUUCGGUUCUGAAAAAAGGUUUAAAAAUCGGUUAUUUAAGAAAUACAUUUUUCAUUAAUACCAUACUUUUCUGUGCAAAUGAAAAACUGGGAUCCGUUUGUGUUAGGCCCGGAAUUCGCCAUCGACAAUACUCCGAA